AAUGCUCACAACAGACAAAAAUUAACUGAAACAGAGUUUAAAUUUGAACUUUUACAAAAAGAUCCUUGUGCACCUGAUGUUUCAAAUACAGCAUUUGGCAGAGGGCAUUCCCCAUGUGGUCCCUCACCAUUGGGUCAGCCUUCAUCUGAAACCAGAGCUUUUCUGUCUCCUCAAACUGUGUUGGAGGGUCCACUGAGACCCUCUCCUGUGCUUCCGGAGGGAGAAGGAAGAGGCCCAAGAGGCCCAGGGAAUCCUCUGGACCAUCAGAUUACCAGUGAAAGAGGAGAACCAGCCUGCGAUACAUUAACCGAUCCUCUCAGGGCUCCUUCUGAUACUGGGUCCCUGUCAUCUCCAUGGGAACAGGGCCGUAAGAUGACGUUUCCUCCACCAGGACAAUCAUAUCCUGAUUCAGCUCUUCCUCCACAAAGGGAAGACAGAUUUUAUUCUAAUUCUGAUGGACUGUCUGGGCCAGCAGAACUCAGAAGUUUUAAUGUGCCUUCUUUGGAUAAAAUGGAUGGGUCAAUGCCUUCUGAAAUGGAAUCCAGUAGAAAUGAUGCCAAAGAUCAUCCUGGUAAUUUAAAUGUGCCUGAUUCAUCUCUCCCUGCUAAAAAUGAAGCAACUGGCACCAGCUUCGUUCCCCCACCUCUAGCUCCAAUCAGAGGUCCAUUGUUUCCUAUGAAUACGAGGGAACCGUUCAUGAGAAGAGGACCUCCUUUCCCCCCACCUCUUCCAGGAACCGUGUUUGGAGCUUCUCGAGUUUACUAUCCACCAUGGGAUUUCCCAGGUCCACCACGUGCUCCAUUUGCAGUGAGAAACAUCUAUCCACCGAGGGGUUUUCCUCCUUACCUUCACCCAAGACCUGGAUUUUACCCCAACCCCACAUUCUGA